CUACGCUCCAGUCCUGUAGGAGGCGGUGAUGCUGCAAAACCAACCUCUCGCGAAGAAGAAUGGGAAAAGGAAGCUUUCGUUUUUUCUUUGCCACCCGCUUCUGUUGCCUUUCUCAAGGAUUUAGACCUCUUUGGGAUAUAUAAACAAAUAAUCUUGUAGAUUGCUCAAAAAACAAAACAAAUGUACGGUAAACAUUGAAUUCUCAAAGGAUCUCACUACAGCUACGCAAAAAUCAAAAAGGAAACGGAAAGUUGCUACUCGCGUUUGAUCGUCUUCAGAGUGACACCUAUUACUCGACGAGAAGUACUGUGCAAUUUUUGGUGUUCGCCCUGGCUGUGAUAAAGAGGGAGUGAUCGCUUUUAAAACAUCAGGAUUGCAAUGGCAAUAUCUGAAUUACGGGCCAGCACCUGAAACAAGGCAGGCCAUAUCUAAUGAGGUUUACAUCAUUGCAUUAUGCUCAAAGACCACAUUUUCCUACAGAAUUGGGAAAUUGACGAUGAUUGAUUUGACAAUCUUUGACUUUUAAUGAUACAUUUUUAAUUAUGCAAUCUUCUCUUUUAUUUAAGUUGGUGGAGUUGCCAUUUUAGAGAUGCUGUGAUUUUUAUUUUAUUUUUUAUUUUUUUUAUCAUUAUUAUUAAAUGCAUAUUGGAUAUUAGCUUUGUUUUCAACUGAGGUGAGAUUUCAUUUUUAACAAUUUAUUUCUUGGAAAAUAUUUCCAAUAGUUCAAGUUACCCUAUAUAUGCAUUUAUAUAUUUAAGUGUGUCAUGUAAUCAUGUUCCCAGUUUCCUAAACCAUUGAAAUAUAUUAGUGAAAAGAAUCUACAUUUGGCAGGAUGGCAUACUCAAUGGACUGUACUCAAGAGUUAGGUGCAGGAGAAGCCUUCAUCUGCACAGAGUGUGGCGAAGGGUUUAGUCAGUACCCAAAACUAGUUGAACACAUGGCCAUUCAUGGACUUACUGGCUUAUUUUCCUCUGAUGGUUUAAGCAUUAGUAAUGGCAGUUGUAUCAACGCGUCCAUUGAGGUUGCUCUCCAUGAAAACGGAAUGCUCACUGUGGUUGAUAGAUCUGCGUUAUCAAACUUUACUUUCUUGUUUGGAAAACCUUCAACAAAGUCAGUAUGGUGCCAGCCCCCUAAUCAAGAAGCCUUGAUUUCAUCCAAGAUGCCAGAGAAGGAUUAUGCUCCGUUUAAAUGUGAACGAUGUGGACAAAUGUUCAGAACCCCAAAAAGCUUACAACAACAUCAGCAGUACCGUGCCCUUGAGCAGGGGUUCAAAUGCACCCUGUGCUGCAAGGUGUUUGAUGACCGGGAGAGUUUGCAAAGCCAUCUUCAAAACCAUGCUCAUGAGCGCUUUUAUAGCUGUGGACACUGUGGAAAGCGAUUCUUGAGACAAGAGACCUUACUGUCGCACCAAAAACUGUGGCAUGGAUCUGUUGGUUCCAAGACUUUGAGUAGAUCCGAGGAAGAUCAAGAAAACAGCAUGGACAAGUCUUAUCCAUGCAAAAUAUGUGGCUUACGCUUCUUUUGGUUGUCUGACUUGCAAAGCCACCUAAACAGUCAUUCUCGUUUAAACAAGCCAACCACAGAGGCAAAUAAAAAACAGGAAACACUUGGGGAAGAAGAAAGUAAGAAAAAUGACAGUGAUUCGUUUAAUGAGCCAUGUCGUUGUGGCCUGUGUGGAGAACAUUUCAACCAAAUUUCAGAUUUAAGAGAUCAUCAUAAAACACAGCAUCCAGAUGAAGUCGAGGUAAAUGACUCUUCGGGUUCACCAGAUAAAAUGAAACGGCAGUACCAGGGUGUAAUGCGACAAAUGAUUGCAAAACAGCAAAAGCAUCUGCUAAGACCAAGCAUGAGAGGAAGGCCUAGAGGAAUGAACAGAGCCAACUUUAGUGGUAAAUUAUUCUCCUGCAAACUCUGCCAUCGUGUGUUUGUGCACUCAAGCAGUCUCUCUCGUCAUAUGCGGUACCAUAAGGGUACUCUGCAUGCAUGUGUUCAUUGUGGAAGACACUUUCCACAAAGAUGUGAUGUCACAAGGCAUGUGGCCAUGUACCACAGUUCAGCGCUUCAACCUAAGGCUACUGGGGACUCAAAGACAGAACAUGAGAGUAAAAGCAGUGAACAGGAACCUGCGAAAGCAUCCACAGAAACAAAAAGUGAUAGCGAACAAGAAGAUCUUGAAGAAGAAAAUCAACUCGAAUCCAAGGGAGAUGACCGAUUAGUUGGUUCUCGAUAUACGAGAACUUACGCACCAAGGAUGAAGUACAAAUGCAAAGAAUGUUGUAGAGUCUUUGGGCUACUUAGUGUUUUUAAGCGACAUGUGUAUUUCCACAAGCGAAGUCCCUGCAAGGUAUUGCUCAGUUGCCCUCUCUGUCCAAGCCGCUUCACAUUCCUCUCUGCUUUAGAUAGCCAUCUUGAGUAUCAUCAUAAAGGAGACAAUGAGAAUGAUGGCACAAAAGCUCUCAAGACCAAUGUAGUUAAUCCCGAAAAUCAACAAGAAGAUGCUGAUGCUGAAAAGCCUGAUAAAAAUGCUGAUAAUGAUAUGGCAUCGGAAAUAUUGAAUGAAUCUACUGAAUGUUCUCAGACCUAGAGAUGCACCAAGUGGUCAAAAGUAUAUGGACACCCUUGUCUAAUUAACAGGUUUGGCUAUUCCAGUAAUUUUAGUAAAAACAAAUAUUUAUUCUUAAUUGUAAAGUGAUAUUCUAGAGUAUUGUGUGCUUUCAUUUUGAUUCAAGAGCGAGGACUCUUUUCUGUUCCAGGAGGGCAAUGACAAAGCUGAUUCAGGUGCUGAAAAAAUGUGAAUAAACGAAAGGGUUUUCAACCCAUUCUAAAAGUGUUCAUUAGGGGUUAGGUCUGGGAUUUGCUCAAUGUCAUUGCCUGCUCUUGUUACUGGAGCAAGUCCCUGCAACAGUGCCCCUUCCCAGAAGAGCGUGGAGGCUGUUAUAGCACCAAAAGCAGAAAUUAAUGCUUUUUGUCAUGCUUUUGAAAUUAAAUGUUUGAGCAUUAGAGGUCAGGGACUGAUGCUGGAAGACGUCUCGCUGUUCUGAUUUACUCCAAAGGCAUUUAAGUCUUCAUGCAAGCCAGCACUGUCCUUUUGGAAAAGAAAAGGGCCCUCCCCACAUAGUUGCAACAAAGUUGGAAAAACCGAAUUGUGUAGAAAUUCAUUGAAGAGUAUGGUAUUAAAAUUCCAGUGCUUACUGGAAUACCUGGAGAAAUGCCAAACAUGUUAAUUAAAAAAGAGUGUAAAUAAUGAGGAUAUGAUGUAUGUCAGCAAUGUCAGAAUGCUUAUAGUUAAAUAGUAAUGAACUCACUUUUUUUUAGUCUUCAUGUGUUGUGCUUUUUAUAGCGUUAGAAGCAUUCUAUAGACUUCUCGGAUAUAUUGAAUAAUGUUUUCUUGUGUGUUGCAUUUGUUGUUUAUAAAAAAAAUUUCCCAUCAGAUUCUCUUUUGCUUUUUCCAAUUUUUGGAUGUGCUCUUCGAAUUCUUAUUCAAAAUAGGCAUUGACACUAUGUGCAUGCACAAACCAAAGGGACCUGUAUAAGAACCUGUAUAAUGACCAGAAUGUCUGAAUUUUAAAAAUACUGUCUUUGAACAUUUAGAACAAAGCAGAAGUUUUUAAUUCUGGAAUUACUCAUGUAAUACAAACAGUCUUUGCUAAAAGCUGAUUCAAGAGCACACUUCUGGUGUGGUUAGGGAAAUAUGUAUUUUAGCUAUACUUUUUAUAACUAAUAGUCUAGAUUUAAACCCCUCCCCCCCCAUACACAAGUCAAAGUCUCUACACUGAUGAAACCCUGAAUAGAUUUUUUUUUUUUUUUUUGUACAAAUUGUAUUUUUUUUUUUUUUUUUUAGUAUGGUGAUGCAAAACAUUUUUACUAUUCUCAAACAUCAGUAACAAAUUUUGUGCAAGUCUAGUUUCACUUGUUUAAAUAAAGAUAAUACUGUUUUCCCCCUCUAA